AUGGCUUCAGGCUCCUCCUCCAAACCCCCGAGCUUCCUGCUCUACUCAUGCAUCGCCAACCGCACUACCAUUCUAGCGGAGCACUCCUCCCCAGGGGCCUCCUCCACAUCCGCCUCCUCUCUCGCCUCCAUCAUCCUCCCAAAGAUCACCCACGACAAGCCCCAGAAACUCACCUACACCCACGAACGCCUAUUCGUACACUACAUCGCCGACUCCCCAUCCGGCAGCUUAACAGACGACCAAAGUAGUCGGACAGAAACAAGCUCAUACGCCCCACUAAGCUUCAUAGUGGUCGCAUCCGCCGAACAAGGCCGACGCAUCCCAUUCGCCUACCUCCUCGAAAUGAAACGCAAGUUCCUAACAACCUACAACCCAUCCAGCACAGACUUCAGCGCCCUACCAGCCUACGGGUGCGCAGCCUUCAACGCCGAACUCCGCUCGCUACUACAAACAUACAACACCGCGCCACCGGGCGACUCGCUUGCGUCUGCGAAGCGGGAGAUCGAUAGCGUGCGCGAUAUCAUGACCGAGAAUAUCGAGCGGGUUCUGGAGCGUGGGGAGCGGAUUGAUUUGCUCGUUGAUAAGACGGAUCGGUUGGGGGGGUAG